AAUGCUGGACCUGGUGUUUGUAGUCUUUUUUUACCUUUUCCUGGACUUGUGUGAAGGUGGGAUUGGCAAACAGUGUUUAAAGAUUCACAGUCUUAAAGACAAAUGAGUUGCAGUGGACUUUUUGUUUUUGUUUUUGUUUUUUUUUACAGCAUGCUGACUUAAGUUUUCAUCUUUGUCUUCGGUUGAUCGAGAUAUAUAUAUUUUUUGCGACUAUGCCGAUGAAACGCAGCAGUGAUAGUUCAGCCAGGCAUGAAGUGUUUCUUAUUCACUCUCUAACCAAGACUUUGUGCAGCUCACCAGAAGAAACACACACAGAAUUUAACGGACGGACACAUUUUCAUCAAGAGGAUGAUUCUGGGAUUAAAUCAGAAGCAGAGGACAGUAAUGAGACACCGUCCUCUGAGGAAGACCAGGACCUGGUGGACUUUAACCCAGACCUGACCAUCAAACAGAGCAUCUCGUCCUCCAGGAAGACCAUCAGUCAGAUCAUCAAGGACAAGAAGAAACAGACACAACUCACUCUGCAGUGGCUGGAAGAGAACUAUAUUGUGUGUGAAGGAGUGUGUCUGCCUCGAUGUAUCCUCUAUGCUCACUACCUGGACUUCUGCAGGAAGGAGAAACUAGAGCCGGCCUGUGCUGCUACAUUUGGAAGGUGUACUAUUCGGCAGAAGUUUCCUCUUCUAACAACAAGAAGACUGGGCACCAGAGGACACUCCAAAUAUCAUUACUAUGGAAUUGGCAUCAAAGAGAGCAGCGCUUACUAUCACUCUGUGUAUUCUGGAAAAGGUUUGACUAGAUUUUCCGGAAGCAAGCUCAAGAAUGAGGGAGGUUUCACCAGGAAAUAUUCUUUGAGCUCUAAAACUGGAACGUUGCUCCCAGACUUCCCCAACGCUCAGCAUCUUCUGCUGCAGGGAAAUAUCUCUAGAGAGAAGGUGGACACUCUGAUCAUGAUGUAUAAAACACACUGCCAGUGCAUCCUGGACAAUGCCAUUAAUGUCAACUUUGAGGAGAUCCAGAAUUUUCUGCUCCACUUCUGGCAGGGAAUGCCCGACCAUCUGCUGCCGCUGCUGGAAACCCCUGUUAUAGUUGACAUCAUCUGCUUCUGUGACUCAAUCCUCUAUAAGGUUUUAACAGAUGUUCUGAUUCCAGCUACAAUGCAGGAGAUGCCUGAAAGUCUGUUGGCAGAUAUCCGCAACUUUGCCAAACACUGGGAGCACUGGCUCGCCUCCUCCCUGGAGAACCUCCCAGAAUGCCUUGCAGCCAAGAAGCUCCCUAUAGCACGCCACUUUGUUUCCUCCCUGAGGAGACAGACCUCGUUCCUACAUCUGGCACAGAUAGCCCGUCCGGCACUGUUUGACCAGGCAGUAGUCACCAGCAUGGUGUUGGAUAUCGACAGUGUGGAUCUUAGCAGCAUCAGCUCGCAGCCUCUGCUCAGCAUAAACACUACUGGAGACCAGGAUCCAGACAUCUACUCAGAGUAUGACUCCAUCACCGUCUUUCAGGAGCUGAAGGAGCUGCUGAGAAAGAACGCCACGGUGGAGUCCUUCAUCGAGUGGCUGGACUCUGUCGUGGAGCAUAAAGUCAUCAAGCCCGGGAAGCAGAGCGGUCGAUCUGUGAAGAAGCGAGCUCAGGAUUUCCUCCUCAGGUGGAGUUUCUUUGGUGCCAGAGUGAUGCACAACCUCACACUCAACAAUGCCUCCAGCUUUGGUUCCUUCCAUCUGAUCAGGAUGCUGUUAGACGAGUACAUCCUGUUGGCUCUGGAGACUCAGUUCAACAACGACAAGGAGCAGGACCUGCAGAACCUGCUGGACAAAUACAUGAAAAAUGCAGAUGCAAGUAAAGCAGCGUUCAUGGCCUCUCCCAGUUCCUGCUUUCUAGCUAAUCGCAACAAGGCCAGUGCUGCCAUUGACCAAUCAGUGAAGAAUGAGUCUCUGGUGGAACACGCCUACAUGUCUCUGUCCACCAAUCAGCAGCAAAGUCUGGAAACGAGCACCGUCAUCUACCAGGGGACAGAGUCUGCUGGGUUCACAGUUUCAGGUGGUCAGAUGGUCAGCGGGCCCCUCAUGACGCCCCCCAUUUCUCCAGCAGCGUUGGUGCACCGAGGCUCCGUCAUCAACCAGGGACCCAUGACGGGGAGACCCUUGACUACUACUUCUUCCUCCUCCACCUGCUCCUCCUCCUCUUCCUCCUGCCUGUCCUCUCUCAGCGCCAUGACCCAGCUCAACCCCUGCUCUUCUUACCCGGAGACCCUGUACCACUGCUUACCUCAGACCAGCUCUAGUUACUUCCAUCCAGCCAGUGGCUCCUCAGUCUCAAACUACCAGCCUGCACUCAGGCCUCCGAGUCAGAGUCAGUGUCUGGCUUCGGUUCAGUCUCAGGCUUCAUCGCUGGCCUACCAUCUCUCCCGGUACCCAUCCUUCAAUGACCAACACCUGACUAAAGACGUCUUCUACAGCCAUCAUCCCCCGUCUGCCCAUCACUCGUCUAACGGCACUAACAGCUCCCUGGCACCUUACAGCUCUGCGGUCCGACCCACAUCCAGCUACAGUUCAGGCUCAGAUCCAGUUCAGACUGAACAGGGACUGGACGCUCAGACAGCGGCUCAGAUUCUGGACUCAGCAGAGGGGUUCGGCUUUGUGGGGGCUGGACUGCACCCUGCGGGCGGUGGGUGUCAGGGACAGACGUACUCUGCUGCAGGACACAGCGGUUACUAUGGCAACAGCAGUUACCUGGACACCCAGCGCAUGACAUCACUGGUUGAUCAGCAUGUGUCCGUCAUCAGCACCGUCGGCAGUCUGCGCCCGUUUCCUUCAAUGUACUCUGAAGUCCACGAUCCGCUCAACAUCCUGGAUGAACCGGGAAGGAAAACAACGGGAGCGUAUUUCACUGAGGCCGAAACCGGAGCAGAUCAUUCCCUCCCCACGUCAGGAUCUGCUCCAUGCAUGUUUGGAGUUUCCUCUCUGUUCACUUCCCAGGAUGCAUUGCUCUCUCAGCAGCGUGUGGCAUCAUCGUCAGAGGUGCAGGACCUGGUGUCUUCGCUGCCUCCCAUUAACACUGUCUUCUUGGGAGCAGGAGGAGUACAAUGACAGCAGAAAGCACAAACUUCUACUGGAGAACCGUCCUGAUGUUUGGACUCAAGUUCGUGUGUGUGUGUGUGUGUGUGUGUGUGUGUGUGUGUGUGUGUGUGUGUGUGUGUGUGUCAAAUACACCCAGCCAAAUUCAGACCAAGAACAUUCCAACUGUAAGAUACAGUAUGAACAUGGAGCCAGGACACUCCUGCAUAAAGAGAUAUAAACAUACUGUAUAAAGACUAAGGAACACCUGCAUGACACAUGCCAAUUGUUGUUAUCCCCUACUGUAUUAUAAACCAGAUGGAGAGGAGCAAAGGAAAGAUAUUUAUUUGUAUGAAAAUGUUGAUUUUUGCUUCAAAAACAUACAAUAUAAGACAGCAGUCACACUCUUACAGAUAUUUAUCUCCUAUCCACAACUGUGUUUUUGAUGACAAACCUGUGUUUCUAAAUGAUGCCUAAGGGCUUCCACUUCUUAUGUUUGCAAAUGGUUGUAAAUAAAUCUUUGUUAGACAGAA